CGCUGGUACCCUUCUUUUCGCUCUUCCCGACUCGUCGCAUGUUCACCUUCACAACUGCUUCCUCCAUCUAUUCCAUGCCUAAUCAACAGGUCUCUUUCCCCAACCUUUGCGGAGUCUGAAGAAUUCGUUCAACAGUCACAAUGUCUGCCACUACGCGAGCCGUGGGGCAGUCAGGCCGGCGCUAUCUAGUUGAGCGGAUUCUCCAGGACAAGCACAUGCCGCACGGUCUUGGGCGUGUUUAUCUGGCUUUGUCAGACAAUCAGAAAUACGUACUGAAAAAACUCAGCGCGACGAGAUAUGCGUACCUGGAACCUUUGUACGACGACGUUCGUAGCUCUCCCUACGUCCGUGUAGCCGCAGACGCCAUUCCUGACGAAUCCAUGUUUGCAUAUACCUACUUUAGAGGUCACCUUCUUGGGUUUACCGACAAGGACGUUCCACUUUCUAUCACAAAGCAGAUUUUGAAGGACGCCCUUCGCGGCAUUGCAGCACUACACCAUAAAGAUAUUGUCCACACUGAUAUUAAACCGGAUAAUAUUAUGAUCAACUGGACUGAGAAGAACGACGGCACUAUUAUUAUUGAUAGGGUACAGGUAGCAGAUCUUGAGGACUCUGCCUACGUCCCACCGGACUGUGAUAUUAUUGGAAGACAAGUUGGAAACUGGAUGUGGCGAAGUCCAGAAGCACAUGCGUCUGGUGCGGUGCAGAAGCCAACAGACAUAUUCUCUUUUGGCAUUGUUUGUAUCUAUGCUAUUACAAAGCAUAUAAUAUUUGCUGUCACUGAUGAGGAACUAAAUGAAGGAGAGGAGAAACUGGCUGUCGUUCUCGAACGCCAGGUCUCUUAUUUCGGCGACAUAGAGGGAAUGACUGGGUUGCUUGAGCAUCUUAAGGACAACCCUUGGGUCGGCCUGUAUACCCUGAUACUGCAAGCAUUUGGCAAAGAAAAUCGUCCUAUGCAGCCAAUUGAACGCUGGGAAAUGCUUGAGCCAGACUUCAAGGAUCUAGUCAAACGAAUGACGAGCAUGGAUCCUGGACGACGGCUGACUGCUUAUGAGGCUCUAGCGCACCCUUGGUUUGCAGAUGUUCCUUGAUAGAUUAGUAGAUGGCUACCUAGCUAGGCCCAAUAUGUACAAUUGGAAUCUAAGUGUACAGCUUAUAAACCAGACAGCACUAUCAUGCACUUUACGUG